AUGUUCCGCUUCCUAGUCGGCCCCAACAAAAGCGAGUUCACCAUACAUUCCGGGCUGCUCGCGCACCACUCCGCCGCUUUGAAGGCUUUGGUGCACGGUGGAUUCCAGGAGGCGCAGGACGGCUGCGUGACCUGGGAAGACGUCGAAGAAGGGGUGUUCCUGAGCUUUUGGCAGUAUGCCUACAAAGUGGAUUACGACAAUCCGGGGCCACUUCGUCAGACUGUAUCAAAACACGUACCUACUGCGCAUCAAGAGAUUUCGUCUCGGACGGAUGAAACAAUCGACUUGGAGGUAGUAUUUGCUGAAAUGCACAGGCGAGAGCAGUUGACUAAAUGCCAGCUGCUAUGGGAGGACUUCACCGAGUCUUUCCCCUCAGACAUUCCGAAAGAGACGCGAAACAAUAGCGACGGGGCAAAGCGUCAGUCUUGGAUGCUGGUUCAUCACGCAAAAGUCUACAUAUUUGCAGACCGCUAUGGAAUUGACGGACUUAUGGACGUUUCAUUGCAGAAACUUGGCCGGAAUCUGGUGGAUUGCAGCUCUUCGGAAUGCAGCGACAUUGUCGACCUGACACGAUAUUGCCUCGAAGAGCUGGUUCCAGAGAGAUUGAAGAGGAUGGUGGUGCUCUACGUUGCUUGCAAGGUUGAGAUGUUAUGGAAGAGUGACGAAUUUCAGGAGCUUGUUGAAAGCAAUGGUGAAUUUGCUAAAAUUUUAAUUGGGUCUAUGCUACCAAGACUCGACUAA